UCCAUCUGUCUGUCCAUCCGUCUGUCCAUCCGUCUGUCUGUGUUUCCAGGUGAGGACUUUGCUGUCGUGCAGCAGGAGAUUAUUAUGAUGAAAGACUGUAAACACUCCAACAUCGUGGCCUAUUUUGGCAGUUAUCUCCGGAGAGAUAAGCUGUGGAUCAGUAUGGAGUACUGUGGAGGAGGGUCUCUGCAGGACAUUUAUCACGUGACGGGGCCACUGUCGGAGUCACAGAUCGCCUACAUGUCACGAGAAACCCUGCAGGGUUUAUAUUAUCUACACAACAAAGGCAAGAUGCACAGAGACAUCAAGGGAGCCAACAUCCUCCUGACAGACAACGGCUACGUCAAACUGGCUGAUUUCGGUGUUUCGGCCCAGAUCACAGCAACUCUGGCAAAGAGGAAGUCGUUCAUCGGAACUCCUUAUUGGAUGGCGCCAGAGGUGGCAGCAGUGGAGAGGAAAGGAGGCUACAACCAGCUGUGUGAUAUCUGGGCUGUGGGCAUCACGGCAAUAGAGUUGGCUGAACUGCAGCCGCCCAUGUUUGACCUCCACCCCAUGAGGGCGCUCUUCUUAAUGACCAAGAGUAAUUUCCAGCCUCCGAAGUUGAAAGAUAAACUCAAGUGGACAAAUAACUUUCACCAUUUUGUCAAACUGGCUCUGACCAAGAACCCAAAGAAGAGGCCAACGGCAGAGAAACUCCUACAGCAUCCGUUUGUGUCCCAGCCUCUCAGCAGAACGCUGGCCAUCGAGCUGCUGGACAAAGCCAGCAACCCUGACCACAGCACCUACAACGACCUGGACGACGACGACCCUGAGCCUGAGUCCCCGGUCUCUGUUCCUCAUCGUAUCCGUUCGACCAGCAGGAGCACCAGAGAAGGAAAGACGCUGUCGGAGAUAAAGUUUGGUCAGGUGGAAUUUGAUCCUCCAAUGAGAAAGGAGACAGAGCCGCACCAUGAACCGUGUGAUUCUGAGCCCUAUCUGGACUGUGUUGAGGAGCUCUACUAUACCGCGAGAUCUAAUCUGGACCUGCACUUGGACUACGGACAUGAUUCGCCGAGUCUGCUGGGAGGAAACAAGAGUCUCCUGAAGUCGGUGGAGGAGGAGCUCCAUCAGAGUAAAUCCAGCACCAUCAUGAGGCCAAAGGUCCCGCCUCCACUUCCUCCCAAGCCCAAAUCCAUCUGCUCGUCCGCUCCUCAACAACACAAGCAGGACGACGGCCAAUCACACAGCGAGGACGACAGCGGAGGUGGAGGGACCAUUAAACGCUGCCCCGCGCCCCAGACGGCGAGCCCGGCCAGGCCCUCCACCAGUGUCCCCCCACGGCCCCCGCCCCCAAAGCUGCCGCCCCACCGCCGCAGCAGCUUAGGUAAUGGACUGAACUCUGCACACAACGGCGAGAGAAACAGUCCUGCAGAAAGACAGUCCACAUGNNNNACACGGAAAGAGAAGAAGGACGUUCCGAUGCCCAUCAGUAACGGUCUUCCUCCUACACCUAAAGUCCACAUGGGAGCGUGUUUCUCUAAGGUCUUCAACGGCUGCCCACUGAAGAUCCACUGUGCUACGUCCUGGAUCAACCCUGACACCAGAGACCAGUAUUUGAUAUUUGGAGCCGAGGAGGGGAUCUACACGUUAAACCUCAACGAGCUUCACGAGACCACAAUGGAACAGCUCUUCCCGCGGCGGUGUACCUGGUUAUAUGUCAUGAACAGUUGUCUUCUCUCCAUAUCUGGGAAGGCCUCCCAGCUGUACUCCCACAGUCUGGGCGGUCUCUUUGAACAGGCCAGACAGCUGCAGAAGUUACCAGUGUCCAUUCCCACACACAAGCUGCCUGAUAAGAUCAUCCCCAGGAAGUUCGCUGUGUCCAAUAAAAUCCCAGAUACUAAAGGAUGUCAAAAGUGCUGCGUAGUGCGUAAUCCAUACACGGGUCAUAAGUAUCUGUGUGGAGCCUUCCAGUCCAGUGUGAUGCUGUUGGAGUGGGUGGAGUCUAUGCAGAAGUUCAUGCUCAUUAAGAACAUCGACUUCCCUCUGCCGUGUCCCCUGGAGGUCUUUGAGAUGUUGGUGGUCCCUGAGCACACGUACCCUCUCAUCUGCGUGGCCGUCAGUAAAGGCUCGGAACUCAACCAGGUGGUGAAGUUUGACACCGUCAACCCCAACGCCACCUGCUCCUGGUUCACAGAGACAGAGACACCACAGACCUGUGUGAUCCACGUCACUCAGCUGGAGAGGGACACCAUCUUAGUGUGUCUGGACAGAUGUAUAAAGAUCGUCAAUCUCCAGGGUCGGUUGAAAUCCAGCAGGAAGCUCUCGGCCGAGCUGACCUUCAACUUCCAGAUUGAAUCUAUAGUUUGUCUUCAGGACAGCGUGCUGGCGUUCUGGAGACACGGGAUGCAGGGGCGGAGUUUCAAGACCAACGAGAUCACACAGGAGAUCUCUGACAGCACACGAAUCUUUAGACUACUGGGAUCAGACAGACGUGCAGACUGUAUGGACCCAGAGGCUGAGGACAUUGGCCUAUCUCUGCCCAGGUACACUCACCGCUCACUGGACAAAGUGGCUCCACAAACUCUGCCUCUCUCUCUGUGUCGGGACUCUGUCGAUGAGAAGCUUCAUAAAUGUUCUGUUGGGGAGGGAGGGGGGGUUUCCUGUGGGUGUGGGACUUAACAGCACAAACACCAAAUCACCUGAUCCAAUGAUGAAAAUUUAAACUUGACAAUCGGAUGAUUGAUCGUUGAUUGAUCAUUGAUUGAUCGUUGAUUGAUUGAUCGUGUCUGGAGCUGAUGAUUUGGUGUGGACUCUGAGCUGCAGCUGAAUCAGGGGCGUCAGUAUUAACACAUUUCUAUCUGGUUUCUCCUUCAGUCAAAGAGCUUUUAUAAAAUCCAUCCCCUGAUUGAAGGCUCCUGGGUCUAAUAAUAAUAAUAAUAAAACCAAACCUCUAAUAAUCUCUAAUAAUCUCUAACGCUAUCUGGUCAGAAAAACUAACAACAUGCUGGAGGAGAUGGGGUUGCUGUGGCUCAUGGGAAAUGUGGUUCUGUACCUGUGUUACUGUUGUAGGUCACGUGACUCUGUGCUGUAGCUCUCCCUGCAUCUGGUGGCUGUAAAGAAAAAAACAAACAAACAAUAAAAAUAAGGUUAAUUACCACCACCUAGUGGAGAAUAGAUGUGUGUGCAUCAGUGACGUUGAUGUUACAGAAAGAUGUGAUUUAAAUGAGUUACUGUGAUUUAUUUCAGUCUCUGUCUUAGAAUCUUCAACUAUAAAAAAUACAAACUCUGAGACUGAUGUUUACAUUUUUUUUUUAACUUUAAAUCUGAAUUUAAUUCUCUGUCUGUGUGUGUGU